UUUAUUGUUCUCGCCGCCGUCGCCGCGUUCCGGCUUUCCCGGCACCUGCGGGGACCGCGGCGGGACGGAGCGAGGGAGGGCGGACAGCAGGACCGAGCGAGCAGAGAGCCCCUCCGCCAGCGGCGGCGCGGGGGCGGAGGUAGGAGGGAGCGAGCGGGCGGAGGCGCCGCCCGGGGGCCGUUAACCCGUUUCCGCCUCUCCGCAGCGCGAGCCCGGGCGGCGAGCGCGCGCGUCACGCCGGAGCGAAAGCGGGACAGCCCGGGAGCGGCAGCCCGGGAGCGGCCAUGGCCUACGCGUACCUCUUCAAGUACAUCAUCAUCGGAGACACAGGUGUUGGGAAAUCAUGUUUAUUGUUACAGUUCACAGACAAGCGGUUUCAACCAGUCCACGAUCUCACUAUUGGUGUAGAAUUUGGGGCUCGAAUGAUAACUAUUGAUGGAAAACAGAUAAAGCUUCAGAUAUGGGAUACGGCAGGGCAGGAGUCCUUCCGUUCCAUCACAAGAUCAUACUACAGAGGGGCUGCAGGGGCUUUGCUAGUGUAUGACAUUACAAGGAGGGACACUUUCAACCACUUGACAACUUGGUUAGAAGAUGCUCGCCAGCAUUCCAAUUCCAACAUGGUUAUAAUGCUUAUUGGAAACAAAAGUGAUUUAGAAUCUAGACGAGAAGUUAAGAAAGAGGAGGGUGAAGCAUUUGCACGAGAACAUGGACUUAUCUUUAUGGAGACAUCUGCCAAAACUGCUUCCAAUGUAGAGGAGGCAUUUAUUAACACUGCAAAGGAGAUCUACGAGAAAAUCCAGGAAGGCGUUUUUGACAUUAAUAAUGAGGCAAAUGGCAUAAAAAUUGGCCCUCAACAUGCUGCCACCAACGCAACACUUGCAGGCAAUCAGGGAGGACAACAAGCUGGAGGAGGCUGCUGUUGAGCCUGUUUUUACUUUCUAGCUGCCUGGAUGAGGCCUACUUACUUGUUUGUUCACCCUUCCCUCCCCCUGCCCCGCUCGCCUCCACUUCAGUUCAACUGAGACAUGAAACUUGUAAGUUGGUUUCCUGUUGCAGAAGACUUUAUCCUUCAAAUUCUUGUAUAACUUUGAAUAAAUGGUUAAUGUUCACUUAAAGACAGAUUUUGGAGAUUGUAUUCAUAUCUAUUUACAUUUGAUUUCUAGGUCAAUUGAUGUGAUUAUUUUUGUUAAAUGUUGUCUUGUGCCCUUGACUACGAACUGAAUUGUAUUAAACACUACAAAGUCAUCUGAGUAUUUUAAUCAGUUUGUGUAGUUAGGUUUCCCAGCUCCUGAGGUUACCUAAUGUUUAAUAUUGUAGAGCUGUCCUCAAGUUUUUUGUCAAUUUUCAAGGCUAUGAAGAAAAGCAGAAGGACUCUUUUAAUUCUGUAUUUAUCACUUUCUGUAUAUAUAGUUUAAUAACCUGCUUGGGUGUACUUGCCAAGCUAGAAUUCUUUAAUGCAUUUGCAUAAAAUCUAUACUACUUAGAGCUUGAAAACUACAAAAGCAUUAAUAGGAAUUGCUUGGAUGCUAAAUUUUAAGCCUUUUUGACAUUGUUAGCAUGUUCAUGCUCCCCUGUCAUUAUCCUGAAGUCCAAGAGAGAUGCUUAAUGUAUAUUACUAGAGGCUACAUACGUGCUAUCUAUUUUAAUGCCAAAUGUUUGCUGUUUAUCCACAAUUUCCACAACACCUCUUCAGAAAUGGAUUAGCUGUUUGCCUUAACAAAUACUGUAGGUGAAAACAGAGUAAGGAUGAAAAGUAGAGGAGGAGUUGAUAAACUUAAAAUGGCACAUUUUAAAAGCGUUAAUCUUCUCAAUGUUUUUUUUUUUCUUGUUUACCACUUGAUUUCUAGGUAUAUUUUUCAUGCAAGGACAGUUUUUCAACCUAAAUGUAUAGUGGUCGUGUAAAGUUUUCUUUUAGUGACAACUUGUAAUCCUAAAUAUAUGGUAAGCAUCUUGUCUAUUGUGAAGAGGGUGUGAAAAUAAAAUCUGCCAGUUUGGAAAUCUUGAUGAAAAUUAAAA